AUGGCGUCUCGUGCUCACGAGGUGACUCUGGUGGGUCUGUGUGACGGAGAGCUCGACCCCAAAAAACACCGCUCCUGCUUUCUCACUAACAAGGUCGGGGGCCGGCCGGAUUGGCCCCCGGGAGUCUCCCGACGGGCCCCCCGCUGUGGCCGCUGCGGGGCCCCGUUAGCGCACGUGGUUCAGGUGUACUGCCCCCUGCAGGCCUCCCCCUAUCACCGGAGCCUCCACCUGUUCGCGUGCCCGGGAGCCGCGUGCAGCGGCCGGACAGACUGCUGGACGGUGCUCCGCUCUCAGUGUCUGGAGGACGCAGCGGGGACUCCCGGAGGACCCGAGCCGCCUCAGGAGGCUCCUCUGUCGGCCACAGACUGGUGUGACUCCGCUGAUGACUGGGGGAUGGAGGAGGAGGAGGGAGGAGGAGGUGUGAAGGAGGACAGACAGGUUCAAGAGGAGGCGGCAGCUCCUGAGGAGGAGGCUGGCGAGGCGGAGGUCCGCGGGCGGCUUCAGGGUCUCAGUUUGGGAGACCCGCAGGAGGACGCUCCUCCGCUCCGCUCCGUCUUCAUCAGCGUGGAGGAGGAGGCGGAUCUGGGCGGAGAGGACGGCGGCCUGCAGCACGCUCGGCAGCUGCUGAGGGAGUACGAGAGGAGAGAGGGCGCGGCGGCGGGAGAGCCGGCGGGCGGCGCGGGCGGCGGCGGGGAGGAGAAGUACGAGAAGACGAGAGCCCGGCACGGAGACGCCGUUUUCUCCAGGUUCAUGAAGAAGAUCUCGCUCUGUCCUCAGCAGAUCCUGCGGUACUGCCGCGGAGGGAGGCCGCUCUUCAUCUCCGAGCCUCCGGCCGACAUGGCUCGGGCGGUGCCGGCGUGCGGCGGCUGCGGCGGCUCCAGGACCUUCGAGCUGCAGCUGAUGCCGGCUCUGGUGAGCGUGCUGCGGAGGGAGGGCGGCGCGGAGGCGGAGCUGGAGUUUGGGACGGUGCUGGUUUACACGUGCUCAGACAGCUGCUGGACGGCGGGAUCGAGAUCACCUGUGGAGGAGUUCUGCCUGGUUCAGGACGACCCGGACCAGCAGCUCUUUAAAUAACUGGACUGGUUAAACUGGAUCACAGCUGGGACACGACUAAAAACGGAGAACAUAUCCGGGUCUGGACGCUGGCGAUGGCAGUUUUCAUUUUGAGGGGUCUGAGCUGGAAGUCUUGCUCUUGCAGACCUGCGUCGGUUUACCGUUUCACCUGCUGCAGGUGUGCUCCGGGGCACUGUGACGUCACCGCAGGGCGUGGUCACAGCGGCCGGUCUGCUGAAGAUGAAACGGCCUUUACAUGCACACAAAUAUUACACUUUAUAUUCUAACAAGAGAGUUACGGUCUGAAAUGAAAUCCUGAGGAAAAAUGCAGGUAGAGGUUACGGCAGUGAUACUCAACUCAUGGCCCGUGGGCCAAAUCUGGCCCCUGAUAGGGUGCACAGUGGCCCCCCAACC